UCGGGCGCUUGUCGGUUGCGGGUGAGUGGGUCCGCCGGCUUGCUUGGCGCCGCGACAUGCUUGGGAUGCGGGGCUUGUGCAUGGAGGCCGCCAAGAAACUGUCCAUCGAGGGAAAUAUCGCUGUAGGGAAAUCCACGUUUGUAAGGCUGCUGAAAAAAGCAUUUCCAGAAUGGCACAUGACUACAGAACCAGUUUCCAAAUGGCAGAAUGUUCAAGCGGAUCACUCCAAUCAGGCCUUGCCUUCUCAGAGUUUUGGAAACUUGCUUCAAAGGCUCUACAGGGAGCCAUCUAGAUGGUCCUAUACAUUCCAGACCUACUCAUGUCUCAGUCGGUUCAAAGCACAGCUGCAGCCUCUGUCAAUGAAGCCCUUGAUGACCCAGGAACUUGUGCAGAUUUUUGAGAGAUCUGUGUACAGUGAUAGGUAUGUCUUUGCAAAGAAUCUGUUUGAGAUUGGGCACUUGGCAGAGAUUGAGUGGAUAAUUUACCAAGAUUGGCAUACCUUCCUCCUGCAAGCGUUUGGGGACCGAGUUGCACUCCAUGGCUUCCUUUAUCUCUGGGCACCUCCUGAGGUGUGCCUAGAGAGGUUGCGACGAAGAGCGAGGCCUGAGGAGAAGGAGAUCCAGCUGUGCUACCUGGAGCAGCUACACUUACAACAUGAAAACUGGCUCCGGACGAGAAGCACAAAGAUCCAUUUUGAAAACCUAAGAAAUGCUCCAGUCUUGAUGCUUGAUGUCACCAAGGAUUUUGAGGAUGACACAAAUGAGCAGAGGAGACUUGUGAGACAGGUGGAGACUUUUAUAAAGAGCCUCUCUUCUGAAGCUUUGCCUUCUGCUUCUGCUACCACUUCCUAGCUCAGACUCUUGUUUCGCAAACAAAUGCCCCUUAGCUGCUUGCCCACCAAGAGGCCAAGUGAAAACCUUUUUCAACCCUAGAAGAUCAAAAUCAGCUGGGUAAAGAGUUCCAACAGGGUUGGUGAUACUCACAGGAUAUUUGAAGUUAAGACGCUACUAACAAAACCUUCCAGUACCAGCAGGAUCUUGAAAUGGUUCACUGGACCACUUCCACCUGAAUGCAUGGAGAUACAAACAGUCAUGUGAAGAAGGAGGCAGGGAGCAUUUCUGCAUGGGCUGGCCUAGGUCAAAUAUUGCCCCCAAUCCUCCAUUCUGGCUUUUAAGGAACUUUAAAGUGGGCUUUCACUUGGCGUGGGCCUGGUUAAGUACAGUGCAAGGUCAGAGUUUGGCUGCCCCUCUCAUGGAUUGCCACCUCCCCUACCGCUGACCCAUGGCAUCAGCAAUGGUAGUUCCUCUGCUGCAGUCUGGGACCUGUGCUUCCCUCACCAGCUUUUGCUUCUGUUUUUUUCUAAGAGGAGGAGCUUUCUAUGUGCCCUCGUUUUCUUCUGCCCAUUGUGACUUGGACUUGUGACAUCGAUCUUUUUAUGAGCUUCACUUUACUUUUCUGUAAGUUUUAAAAAAAACCACCUUCUGUGCUUUUAGUCUCUUGUGCUUCUAGGUUUCUCUAGAAAUUACCCUGAAAAGUAGUCUGGUCAAACAAUUCCUCACUUCUGUAUAUCUGUACUCCUUUCUGUUGUACUGAAAACCCUCAAACUAGGGAAGAGAUUAGAAGUAGAUUAAUGGCAAAACGUUUAAGGGACCACACAUAGAACGUUGCAGAGUCAGUGAGAGCUUUGUGUCAUUGCUUUGCGCUCAUGUAAACUCGUCAUGCAAGACCUGAGUCCAGGAGACUAGAUACACAUGGCACCUUUUCAUGAUUUAGAUGAGGUCAUGUCAUAUCUAAUUAGCCAGGUGCUUGCUGGAACCAUGUGGUUUACAAACUAUAUCCUAAAGUAUAAACAGUAGCAUUUGGAACCAAGACAAGGUAUCAGAUUUCUGCUUGUUUCUUUGCCUCUCUAGUUACCCUUGAUAUCUUUGGAUUUCAAAGACUUCUGCUGUAGGGCUCAGCUUUACUUAGCAACACAGUAAUAUGAUAAAGUGAGCUUGUAUUGCUCUUCUCGCUCUGAGUGGUGUUUUGUUGCUAGAUCUGUGCUUAAAGAACUUGACAUGUAUGUGUCCAUAAAGGAAUUUACCUACAGUUUGGAAGGUUAAAUAAACUUACAACUUGGAGUAGGGUUGAGUAGCUAAGCAGAUGCCUAAGAGGAAUAGCUAUAAAUGGUUCUUUUUGAGCUUCUAACUGUUCCAUCCUAAGCAGAGGUACACCCCUCUAAUCCCAUUGACUUCAGUGGACCUAGAAGGGUGUAACUGUGGUUUGGGUGGCACUACAAGCUUUGUGCUCUUCUAGGCUCAGUUCUGUUGGUGAAAUUAGUAUCUUCUGCUACAGCAGAAAGAAGAGUCCAAAGCUACCACUCCUGGAUUUCUCCUGAAUACAAUUGCUUGGCAGUUUCUUUUAACUGCUAUUCAAGGAAGUCAAAGGCCUGGUUAUUUUUUACUGAAGUGAUCGCUGCUUUCUCCCAUAGUUACUCCUCUGUAAACCUACAGUUUGACCUAACCACAUGGGUAAAAGAUGUGCUGCCUGGAAUGGGUCAGGAGCAGCUAUCUCAAGGUAAUGUGUAAAUCCUCCUAAAAUUAAUGUACGUCAUCCCGUUUAAACCCAACCAUCCUGGUUGAGAGGAAGGCCUGCUUUUGUAGAUAGUUUCAAAUUCUAUUUUAAUGUGUAAAUGCACUUUCUGUGCACUGUAAAACCCUUUGUAGAUACCGUAUUCCUCCUAAGUUAUAAAAUAUUGUAUUUAAAUUAAUAAAUCAAUGAAAUAGA